AUGUGGAAACCUCAUCCAACCUCACCAUACAGACUCUGCCAAACUCUCCUCUCACAACAACAACGAUGCCAUCUCCAAACCCUCUCUCCAAACCUCCAGCACACCAACCCGAACAAUAAACCCACAACCUCAACAGCUCAUCGCACAUCCUUUGACGACCUCCAACCCACCGACCUAGCAGCCUACUGGGAUACCCAACCGCCGAAUUCCACCCAACUUAAAUCCGCCUCCCGCUUCUUCGCGCACACCCGCCACUCCCCCGUCAAACUAUACUCCGCCGCGCAAUUCCGCACCAUCCCCCACGACAGCCGGGAACCCGAAGUCGCAUUCCUUGGGAAAACGAACGUAGGCAAAAGCUCACUCAUAAAUGCGCUUGUGGACCACGAAAUAUGUCGUUCGGGCGACAAACGCGGGAAAACCACGGAGAUGAACGCGUACGGAAUUGGAGGUACGAAAGGCGGGGAGUCCAAGAUUGUGUUGUUAGAUAUGCCCGGUUACGGCACCGGGAGUAAACUUGAGCAAGGGGAGGAGAUAAUGAAGUAUUUGCAGAGGCGGAAACAAUUGCGCCGAACAUUCAUCCUCUUGGACCUCCGCCACGGCAUAAAACCAGGCGACCAACAAAUCCUCACUCUACUACGCCAAUACGCCAUCCCGCACCAAAUCGUCGUCUCCAAAGUCGACAGACUACUCUGCGACAGAGUCCAAGACCUCAAACACUGGCAUUCCAACCAAAUAGUGCGAAACUCCAAACUGGCAAAACUGCAAAUUGACCUUGAUGCGCUACGGGCGAUGGAUCAGAUACCGUCAGACUCUAACCCGAGUGAUCCACAGUAUGAGUUUGCGGUGAGAUUGAAGGAGACAAAGGGUCCGCCGCCGUUGGGAGAGAUUAUAUGUGUUAGUGCCAUGAAGGAUGUGGCGAGGAAUUUGAAGAAGAGCCAUCUCAAUAUUGACGCGUUGAGGUGGUCGAUUAUGCAGGCUACAGGUUUUGAUGGGAGCUUUGAGGGAGUAUGUCCAUGA